CGGAGGUCGACUCGGAAGAGCACGUCUGUGGCAACAACAGCUAGAGCACACAUACGACAAAACGUUUGGAGACUCUACACUGUCGGUAUCGCUGUCUGCCUCCAUUACCAUACGGAUUAAACUGAAAAUGAAAGUCUUGACACUCGCCGUGGCCUUCUUGUGCUUCUUGGUUGUGAUGGAUAUGGUCGAGUGUCGUCGCGCGAGAAAACGGAGACGAAAACCUCAGCCAACUGUGCCAACAACGCCAUUAAUAACAACGCAGAAAAGCACGACAUCACCAGGUGUUUCAACUACAGAGGCGAUGGUUGCUGCUGGUGCCUGCCAUCGCAUAUGUGAGGGAGGCUCAUUUCUCCAGGAGGAUGGCUGCGUUUGUCGUUGCUUAAGGUCUGGCUACCAAUACAACGAUCAGAUUGGAAGAUGUGAAGACAUCGACGAGUGUACCGAUGAGUUCAACUGCCAAGGCGGUGAAUGCACCAACACCGACGGCUCGUAUCAUUGUGGCUGCCCUCGAGGAUACAUCCUCCACGCCAAUGGAAAACUAUGCAAACCGGAACCCCGUGUUAUCCCUUGCCGAGGGUUGACCUGCUUAAGUGGUGCAUCGCUGGACGAAGAUACCUGUCGCUGCAAGUGUGACAGGGGACUGGAGUAUGACUAUUUCUCGGAGGAAUGUAUCGAUAUUGACGAAUGCGCCCUAGGCUUAGACGAGUGUGGUCAACUUUGCUCCAAUAGAAUAGGUGGUUACCGUUGCUUUUGUCUUCAGGACUUCAGGCUCAAUUAUGACGGAGUAUCAUGUGACCCUGUCGAUCCAGAUUGCAAGGACAAUGCACCAUUCUGUUCGGACGUGGCUAGUACUAUGGAAUGCCUGUAUAAUGCUGGCAUUCGCAGAAUGUGUCCAAAGAGCUGCCGUGUUUGUGUGGGCUAAGUUUUAUGUUCAUGGGAAUAAAAAUACCAGGGGACCCAUGAACUUAAUUUAUUUUCACCGAAAGGAAGGGGGCAAUAAAGGGUCUAACUGUUUAACUAUUGCGACUGUUGGACUUUUUUCUGAUAAUGCAUCAUGCGUGAGCAAGAUAUUAUAAAUACCGUUAACAAAGGGGGCAUCAUUUUGCCUUCAGAGUCACUCUAUCUAUAGCUUUAUUUCUUAUUUCGUUUGAAAAAUUAGAGAUGCUUCGUAGCUUUAGAUAUUGCAACAGACGUGAUUUUGGCCUCUAUUCACUGAGUAUUCAGUUUAUCAUAGAACCCGUAUCUCAGAAAGUGUAGUUGAUUGACAGCUGCAUUCAUAGCACAAUUUGAAGUGUUUAGCAGUAUAAAGAUCUUGAAAUAUGAAUAAUAAUUAUUCCAUGGUCCAAAAGGUGCCUUUUUCUUGGAACCGGUGUUAUCAGUAUGAUAGUGGCUCGAAUAUUUCCCCAUACUGAAUAUAAAUAAAAAUGAAGGUACGCAUUCAAGGAUUCAAUUAAAGCAGCUUCAAAUCACAUUUUUACAACUAGUAGGCCAGCAUUACUUAUUUGAUAAUGCUUGGCAACUAGUUAUACAAGUCAGCGCCAUUUUUGCCUCACCAGCCUUUCAUAUUAGAGAACGUUUCUUUCUUUCAGAUAGUGUUUUAUAGUGCACCCUGUAUUCCAAAGUUAAGACGCAAUAUACGAUGUGGCUCAAUGAGGACACCGUACUGCUGAGCUCACGUAAAUUCAGAUAGGGUAUAAUCACAGCGAGAUCAUAUUCAAGGCCUUAAAAUAAUCUGGAAAACCGUUUCUCUGGACGGCCUCAUAGUGCAAAGCCUAAUUAGAGGUUGGACAGAGUAGUCUUUCAUAGGCGUAGAGCAAAUAAAGGAUGAUCGGCAUUGAGCCAUAUACGUCGGAAAAACAACCAGUGCUCCCGUCUGUCUAUUUAAAUGAAAGUAGUAAUGUUUGCAGUUGAAUUAUAAUGAAACUCUGAUAUUUCUAAUUUAUUUAUCAAUCUGAUCUGUCAUGUGAUUAGUUUAUAUAGAAUAAUUUAUUAUAACUUAUUAUACUUAUCUGGAAAGCGUCAUAUAAAUAAUAGAUUUAUUUGUGUGAUUACUAUCAUUGUUUCAACGGUAAUUCAAUGUUGCGUAAUGCUUUUUGUUAUUUUAAUAUUUCAUCAGUCAUUAAAAUUGAACACAAAGUAGAAAUAGACAUUUUUUGUCAUUUCUACUCGAAGAACAGCAGCCAGUAAAUAUUCAAGUAUGCCCACAUUAAUAAGUCCUGAACUGCAUCAUGAAAAAUUUAA